UUAACUGGUUCCAAAGUAAAAUAACUUGCAAUUUGGUAUAUAAAGAUGCAUUUCAAUAGUGUACAAGUUACUUUUAUUUUACUAAAAAGAAAGUUCAAGAUAUUUUAUAUUAUUAUAGAAUCGCAGUCCAAAUCUGAUAUAGUUGCACAGUUACCUGCUUUUGGUUAGAUAUACACAUACACAGGAUAUCUAUAUAUACCUACUCAUGUGCCUCCUCAGCUCCCAUCAAAACCCUCAUUUCUCAUUUGGGUGUUUCCUGCUUUCAAUUUUCUUUUUGUUGCCUGUGAUUUCAAAAAUACUUUUAAGUUAUGGUUGAUCCUCAAUCACCAAUCACACCACACCUAUACCCACAAGCAAUUCAACUCAAACUGUACCAAGCCUUCAUCUUCUCAAUCCCCAUCUUAUUUUCCAUCAUUCUUUUCCUGUUGUUCUAUCUCUUUUACCUCAAGAGAAGAGCCUCUUCUCUCUCUCCUCCUCCCAUGAUUCUUCCUGUUUCCUCCCAGCCUUCUUCUCAUCUCCCCUCGAUUUGUUUGUUAGAUGUGAAAGUAGAGCUCAAAGAAAAGCUUCAUCUCGUUUUGUUCAAUGAAGAACUAGGAACAAGAGAUUCUCUAUGUUGCGUAUGUUUGGGAGAAUUUGAAUUGAAGGAAGAGUUGGUGGAAAUGCCUUCAUGCAAACACAUAUUUCAUAUCGACUGCAUUCACCUUUGGCUUUAUUCUCACAACACUUGUCCUCUGUGUCGCUCCUCUGUUUCCGUCUCUUCCACCAAAACCUCUGGGGACGACCUUAACGACCAUCCCGAGUCUCCUCAAACUUCACCGGUUUGACUUAAAGCCCGAAAAAUAAAGAAGUACUACAAGUUUUGUUAGUGAAUAGAUCAAAUAGAAAAUGUAAAUCUUAAUUUUGCUGAUUCAAGAUACCAAAAUGUAUUCCAUCACCAUUAUAUAUAUAUUGGUUACACAGAUUCAUCACA